AUGCGUUGGUUAUACGUGUUCGCUUCAGUUUGUGCGCUCAGCUAUCACAAUAUACCGGCAUUGGCGUUAAAGAAGUGUGCUCCUAAGUUGUGUCCCGUACUCACGCGCUUCUUCGCGUUUUCAUACUCCUCUGGGCAAUUUCCGCAAUCAUGGAAGACCACCCUUGUGCACCCUGUGCCAAAAAAGUGCGACAGAUCAAACCCAUCGAACUACAGGCCUAUCGCUAUCGCAUCUCUACUCUCCAAGGUGAUGGAGCGUGUAAUUAAUACACAGCUCCUUGGAUACCUAGAGGAUCACGAUCUAUUGAGCGAUCAUCAAUAUGGUUCUCGCCAUAAUCGCUCAACUGGUGAUCUUUUAGCGUAUCUCACACACCACUGGGCUCUUGCCAUAGAGAGUAAAGGUGAGGCGUUGGCAGUCGGCUUGGACAUAGCGAAGGCAUUCGAUCGGGUUUGGCAUCAAGGUCUUCUAUCGAAAUUGCCCUCGUACGGUAUACCAGAGGGAUUAUGCAAAUGGGUCGCUAGUUUUUUGUCUGGCAGAUGCAUCAAAACCGUGGUAUACGGUAAUUGCUCCGAUAGCAUGGACAUUAACGCUGGCGUCCCGCAAGGCUCUGUUCUCUCCCCAACACUGUUUUUGCUGCAUAUCAAUGAUCUGUUAACCACAGUUAACCUUCAUUGCUAUGCGGAUGACACCAACAAUGUCAGUUGGGAUAAAAAAACAACUGAUCCUAAUGGUUAUAGCGAGCAGACAUACGAUGAACAGACAGAUGCAAAUGGCAACAAAAGCACGCACAAAAGCAGCAGGAGCGAGCACCAUUCAUCAUCAGGAUCUGGAGAAAGCUCUUCUGAGUCUAGUAGCUCCAGCAGUUCUUCGUCUAGUAGUAGCAGUAGCAGUUCUCAAGAAAAUAGCGAUUCUUCUUCGUCUAGCCAGAGUUCAAGCUCCUCUCAAAGUUCCAGCUCUUCACAGAGUUCUAGCAGUUCUCAGAGUUCUAGUGUAGCAAAUAAUGGAAGUUCAGGAAGCAAUGCCGCCAGCCAAAGUUCAAGCGGUGCUCAAAGUUCUAGCGCAGCUAAUAACGGAAGCUCAGCAAGCAAUUCCGCUAGCCAGAGUUCAAGUGCUGCACAAAGUUCCAGCGCAGCUAAUAAUGGAAGUUCAGGAAGCAAUGCUGCCAGCCAGAGUUCAAGCGGUGCUCAAAGUUCUAGCGCAGCGAAUAAUGGAGGAGCUGCAAGCAAUUCUGCUAGCCAGAGCUCAAGCGCUGCCCAAAGUUCCAGCGCAGCUAAUAAUGGAAGUUCAGGAAGCAAUGCUGCCAGCCAGAGUUCAAGCGGUGCUCAAAGUUCUAGCGCAGCUGCUGCAAGCAAUUCUCUAGCCGCAGCGCUGCCAAUAACUAAUAAUGGAAGUUCAGGAAGCAAUGCCGCCAGCCAGAGUUCAAGCGGUGCUCAAAGUUCUAGCGCAGCUAAUAAUGGAAGUUCAGGAAGCAAUGCCGCUAGCCAGAGUUCAAGCGGUGCUCAAAGUUCUAGCGCAGCUAAUAAUGGAAGUUCAGGAAGCAAUGCCGCCAGCCAGAGUUCAAGCGGUGCUCAAAGUUCUAGCGCAGCUUAUAAUGGAAGUUCAGGAAGCAAUGCCGCUAGCCAGAGUUCAAGCGGUGCUCAAAGUUCUAGCGCAGCUAAUAAUGGAAGUUCAGGAAGCAAUGCCGCUAGCCAGAGUUCAAGCGGUGCUCAAAGUUCUAGCGCAGCUAAUAAUGGAAGUUCAGGAAGCAAUGCCGCUAGCCAGAGUUCAAGCGGUGCUCAAAGUUCUAGCGCAGCUAAUAAUGGAAGUUCAGGAAGCAAUGCCGCUAGCCAGAGUUCAAGCGGUGCUCAAAGUUCUAGCGCAGCUAAUAAUGGAAGUUCAGGAAGCAAUGCCGCUAGCCAGAGUUCAAGCGGUGCUCAAAGUUCUAGCGCAGCUAAUAAUGGAAGUUCAGGAAGCAAUGCCGCCAGCCAGAGUUCAAGCGGUGCUCAAAGUUCUAGCGCAGCUAAUAAUGGAAGUUCAGGAAGCAAUGCCGCCAGCCAGAGUUCAAGCGGUGCUCAAAGUUCUAGCGCAGCUAAUAAUGGAAGUUCAGGAAGCAAUGCCGCUAGCCAGAGUUCAAGCGGUGCUCAAAGUUCUAGCGCAGCUAAUAAUGGAAGUUCAGGAAGCAAUGCCGCUAGCCAGAGUUCAAGCGGUGCUCAAAGUUCUAGCGCAGCCAAUAACGGAAGUUCAGGAAGCAAUGCCGCUAGCCAGAGUUCAAGCGGUGCUCAAAGUUCCAGCGCAGCUAAUAACGGAAGUUCAGGAAGUAAUGCCGCCAGCCAGAGUUCAAGCGGUGCUCAAAGUUCUAGCGCAGCUAAUAACGGAAGUUCAGCAAGCAAUUCCGGUAGCCAGAGUUCAAGCGGUGCUCAAAGUUCUAGCGCAGCUAAUAAUGGAAGUUCAGGAAGCAAUACCGCCAGCCAGAGUUCAAGCGGUGCUCAAAGUUCUAGCGCAGGUAAUAAUGGAGGAGCUGCAAGUAAUUCUGCUUCAGAUAGCCAGAGUUCAAGCGCUGCACAAAGUUCUAGCGCAGCUAAUAAUGGAGGAGCUGCAAGCAAUUCUGCUUCAGCUAGCCAGAGUGCUUCUCAAAGUUCUAGUGGAGCUGGUGGUUCUCAAUCAGGCAGUUCUUCGUCAAGCAGUUCCCAGAGUUCAUCAAGCUCUGUUUCUCAAUCAGAGAGAGACAAUUUAACUCACGCUACUUGGGAAGAAUUAUGGCAAUUGUGGAAGUUGUGGAACAGGGAAAGAGCCGCGAGCCAAGCAAGUUCCAGUAGUUCUGCGCAAAGUUCAAGUUCCUCACAAAGUUCAAGCGCUCAAAGCAAUGCUGCAAGUAAUGCACAAAGCAGCGCAGGUUCCGCAAGUGGUGCACAGAGCAACGCAGUAUCUGCAAGUAACGCACAGAACAACGCAGCUUCUGUAAGUAAUGCGCAGAGCAACGCAGCUGCUGCAAGUAACGCGCAGAGCAACGCAGCUUCUGCAAGUAACGCACAGAGCAAUGCAGCUGCUGCAAGUAACGCCCAGAGCAACGCAGCUUCUGCAAGUAACGCCCAGAGCAACGCUGCUUCUGCAAGUAACGCCCAGAGCAACGCAGCUUCUGCAAGUAACGCCCAGAGCAACGCAGCUUCUGCAAGUAACGCACAGAGCAAUGCAGCUGCUGCAAGUAACGCACAGAGCAACGCAGCUGCUGCAAGUAACGCACAGAGCAACACAGCUUCAGCAAGUAAUGCACAAAGCAACGCAGCUUCAGCAAGUAACGCGCAGAGCAACGCAGCUGCUGCAAGUAACGCACAGAGCAACGCAGCUUCAGCAAGUAAUGCACAAAGCAACGCAGCUUCAGCAAGUAAUGCGCAGAGCAACGCAGCUGCUGCAAGUAACGCACAGAGCAACGCAGCUUCAGCAAGUAAUGCACAAAGCAACGCAGCUUCAGCAAGUAACGCGCAGAGCAAUGCAGUUGCUGCAAGUAACGCACAGAGUAAUGCAGCUUCGGCAAGUAAUGCACAGAGCAAUGCAGCUUCUGCAAGUAACGCACAGAGUAAUGCAGCUGCUGCAAGCAAUGCCCAAAGUGUAGCGGUUUCUUCAAGUAAUAGCCAGAGUUCAUCAAGUGCUCCAGUUAAUAUAGCAAACAACGAGUUGCAGAGUAGCAGUUUGCAGCAACAACAAAGCUCUCAAAGUCAAGCAAGCAACAUCAAUAAACAAACAAGCAACCAAGUGCAGAGUAGCAGUUCGCAGCAACAACAGAGUACUCAAAGCCAGUCAAGCAAUGUAAAUCAACAAACAGCAAGCAACCAAGUGCAGAGUAGCAGUUCGCAGCAACAACAGAGCACUCAAAGCCAAUCAAGCAACGUCAAUCAACAAGCAGCAAGCAACCAAGUGCAGAGUAGCAGCUCGCAGCAACAACAGAGCACUCAAAGCCAGUCAAGCAACGUCAAUCAACAAGCAGCAAGCAACCAAGUGCAGAGUAGCAGUUCGCAGCAACAACAGAGCACUCAAAGUCAAGCAAGCAACGUCAAUCAACAAACAGCAAGCAACCAAGUGCAGAGUAGUAGUUUGCAGCAACAACAGAAUUCACAGAGCCAAGCAAGCAACGUCAAUCAACAAAGACCAAUUCUACCAGGACCAGGUAUCCCAGGACCUAUUCUACCAGGACCAGGUAUCCCAAGACCUAUUCUACCAGGACCAGGUCCUAUUGCAUCAGGACCAGUUGUACCAGGGCCAAUUUUACCAGGUUCAUUUGUACCUGGACCGAUUCUACCAGGACCAGGUGUCCCAGGACCGAUUCUACCAGGACCAGGUAUCCCAAGACCUAUUGUACCAGGACCGAUUCUACCAGGACCAGGUGUCCCAGGACCGAUUCUACCAGGACCAGGUAUCCCAAGACCUAUUGUACCAGGACCAGGACCAAUUGUACCAGGACCAGGCCCUAUUGUACCAGGACCAGGCCCUAUUGUACCAGGACCAGGACCAAUUGUAUCAGGACCAGGCCCUAUUGUACCAGGACCAGGCCCUAUUGUACCAGGACCAGGUGUCCCAGGACCAAUUCUACCCGGCCCAUUAGUACCAGGACCAAUUGUACCUGGUCCAGUUAUACCAAGACCAUUACUAGGACAAUCAUGGCCGAUUGAAUCGAUACAACCAGCUGGAUUGCAACAAGGCCCCAUUAUAUUGCCAUUGAGACCAGUUGAAUUGCCCAACGUUGUACAGGCACCUUUAGUUAAUGAACCAAUUCAACCUGCUUCACCUAUAAUAAUUCAGCCUACAAUACCCAUACAACCAUUACGCCCUAUUCCACAAUUGAAUACAAACAUAAUUAAUAUUGAAGAAAUAGAACGUGCAGGAAUUCAACCCGUUCCGGUACCAGCGGAAAUAGCACCAACAAUUCCCAUACUGUCAGGUGAUACAGUAAUAAUUGAAGAAGCUCCAAUACAACCUAUUCCUGCUCCGGUGCCAAUUAUUCCGUUACAAACUAACUCAGUACCAAUAAUACCUGUAGAAUCAAUCUCAACAUCUUCCAGUGAAACAAUAGUGAUUGAACCACAAUCAGUCCAAGCAGCUCCUGCCCCAACUGUAGUAGAUAUAGAAGAAGUACCUGUACAACCUGCUCCGUUACCUGCUAUUCCAGUGCAAGCUGUUCCAAUACCAGCUGCACCUGUAGAAUCAAUCGCUACAGCAUCUAGUGAAGUAAUAGUAGUCGAGCCAACCUCGAGCGAAACAGUAGUGGUGAAUGAAGGUCCAGUACAAGCUGUGCCUUUACCUUCUAUUCCAGUACAAGCCAUUCCAUUAGUAGCAUCUCCAGAUAUUGUUGCAUUACCGGCUAUACCAGCUGCACCAGUGGACGCACCAGCAUCCAGUGAAAUAAUAGUGGUUGAAUCAGCCCCAGAAUCCGUAUCAACUCAGAUUACUGUAGCACCAAGUAAUAAUGUUAUUAUUCAACCUGCUCCAGUACAAGCAAUUCCCAUUGUACCGAUUAAUCCACCACCAAUUGUUCCACCGAUUGUGGCGCCAGUUCCUAUAUCAGGAUUACCGUCGGUGGUAUCAGCACCACUUGCCCCUGUAAUUCCUGUCGUUCCUGAGCCACCAGCACCUGGACCAGCUAACUCGGCUGAAAGUAGUUCCAACAGUGUUUCACAAAGUGGAAGUAAUGUUGCUUCUGUAAGCAACGCACAGGCCAAUGCUGUUUCUGCAAGUAGCGCUCAGAGCAACGCUGCUUCUGCAAGUAACGCACAAAGCAACGCUGUUUCUGCAAGUAACGCCCAAAGCAACGCAGCGUCUGCAAAUAGCGCACAACAAAUAGCCAGUUCGCAAACAAGCAGUGCUAGCAGUUCUCAAUCAAGCAGUUCUGUUUCGCAAUCCUCAACCAACUCUCAAAGCACAUCAAGUUCAACAUCUGAAUCUCAAACUGAUACUGAAAAUUCAGAAUCCGGUUUUCAAGAAUUGUGGGAAUUAUUCAUAUUAUGGAUUCAAGGAAAAGGAAUCCUGCUCCCAUCUGAAGGAGGCCCUAGUCCAGCCAGUUCUAGUAGUUCUACACAGAGUGCAGUUUCUGCAAGUAGCGCUCAAAGCAAUGCCGUAUCUGCAAGUAGUGCACAGAGUAAUACAGCUUCAACAAGCAACGCCGCUUCUGCAAGUAGCGUUCAGAGCAACGCAGCUGCUGCAAGUAACGCUCAGAGCAAUUCAGUUGCUGCAAGUAACGCACAGAGCAACGCAGCUUCUGCAAGUAAUGCACAGAGCAAUUCAGCUGCUGCAAGUAAUGCUCAGAGCAACGCAGCUUCUGUAAGUAAUGCACAGAGCAAUUCAGCUGCUGCAAGUAAUGCUCAGAGCAACGCAGCUUCUGCAAGUAAUGCACAGAGCAAUUCAGCUGCUGCAAGUAAUGCUCAGAGCAACGCAGCUUCUGUAAGUAACGCACAGAGCAACGCAGCUGCUGCAAGUAACGCUCAGAGUAACGCAGCUGCUGCAAGUAAUGCACAGAGUAACGCAGUUACUGCAAGUAAUGCACAGAGCAAUUCAGCUGCUGCAAGUAAUGCUCAGAGCAACGCAGCUUCUGUAAGUAACGCACAGAGCAACGCAGCUUCUGCAAGUAAUGCACAGAGCAAUUCAGCUGCUGCAAGUAACGCACAGAGCAACGCAGCUGCUGUAAGUAACGCUCAGAGCAAUGCAGCUUCUGCAAGUAACGCUCAGAGCAACUCAGCUGCUGUAAAUAACGCACAGAGUAACACAGCUGCUGCAAGUAACGCUCAGAGUAACGCAGCUGCCGUAAGUAACGCUCAGAGCAACUCAGCUGCUGUAAGUAACGCACAAAGUAACGCAGCUGCUGCAAGUAACGCUCAGAGCAAUGCAGCUUCUGCAAGUAACGCUCAGAGCAACUCAGCUGCUGUAAGUAACGCACAGAGUAACGCAGCUGCUGCAAGUAACGCUCAGAGCAAUGCAGCUUCUGCAAGUAACGCUCAGAGCAACUCAGCUGCUGUAAGUAACGCACAGAGUAACGCAGCUGCUGCAAGUAACGCUCAGAGCAAUGCAGCUUCUGCAAGUAACGCUCAGAGCAACUCAGCUGCUGUAAGUAACGCACAGAGUAACGCAGCUGCUGCAAGUAAUGCACAGAGCAAUUCAGCUGCUGCAAGUAACGCUCAGAGCAACGCAGCUUCUGCAAGUAACGCACAGAACAAUGCAAAUAUCGUGCAAUCUGAAAGUAAGUUAUUUUAA